AAAAGGAACGCUCUUGUUUUAUGAGCAGCAGCGGAAUCGGCAAUGUCAGCAGCUUUUACUUGCUCUUUUUUUACAUUAUUUUGUAUUGUGGUCUAGGAGUUGCAGCGAGUUACGACGUCUUCGCGUUUUGCUCAUCUUUUCGCCCAGAAGACCGACAAAACGUUGAUACCGCGAAGCAACGCCGGCUGCACUCGGUGCAGCGAUCCACGGCACAGCCUCGACGUUUCUGUGUCGUGACAGAGGGCCGGCCGCCUAGCUGAGCGCCGCCGACGACCGCGAACGGCCCAGCCAUGGACAUGUCAAGCCCCGUCUUCAGCCUGAACUUGGGCACGCCGCUGUCCGCCCAGGCGGACAACGUCGAAGAGCAGCACUUGGAGCAGCUCGCCCGGCAGAUCCAACCGUCGCCGCUGCAGCCCCAGCAGCACGACUCGCCGCUGCACCAGUCGCCCCAGACAGCCCUCCGCAAUGCGAGCGUCAUCCAGCCGUACACCGCCAGCACGGGGCUCACGCCGCAGAGCCUCAUGCAGCCGCAGACUCCCGCCGGCCACGUGCACGCGUCCUCGGGUGCCACUCCGACGGGCGGCUCGACCCCGCACUCGAGCGUGUUUCCGUCGACGCCGGGCCCGCCGAUGACACCCAUCACGCCGGCGUCGGCGGACCCGGGAAUCGUGCCACAGCUACAGAACAUAGUGUCGACGGUGAACCUGGGCUGCAAGUUGGACCUGAAGAAGAUUGCGCUACACGCCCGCAACGCAGAGUACAACCCCAAGCGGUUUGCGGCGGUCAUCAUGCGCAUCCGGGAGCCCCGCACCACAGCCCUCAUCUUCAGCUCGGGCAAGAUGGUCUGCACGGGGGCCAAGAGUGAAGAGCAGUCGAGGCUGGCAGCCAGGAAGUAUGCUCGUAUCAUCCAGAAGCUGGGCUUUGACGCCAAGUUCUUGGACUUCAAGAUCCAGAACAUGGUGGGCAGCUGCGACGUCCGCUUCCCCAUCCGCCUCGAGGGUCUUGUCCUGACCCACAGUCAGUUCUCCAGCUACGAGCCCGAGCUCUUCCCCGGACUCAUCUACCGGAUGGUGAAGCCGCGCAUCGUGCUUCUUAUCUUUGUCUCGGGGAAGGUAGUACUCACAGGUGCCAAAGUGAGGGCGGAAAUCUACGAGGCGUUCGACAACAUCUACCCCAUCCUCAAAGGUUUCCGCAAGCAGUGACACCUUCAUCCGUUUCCACCCUCGUGCAUUGUAAAUAGCCCCCCACUCAUUUUCAUCUGUUUAGGCACAUUGCAGGCAAAUAAAAGGUUUGCCAAUCACA